AUGGCUCCUGGUGGCAGUGCUUUGAAAGAAGCCCUAGAAUCUAACUCCACAGGCUUAGAUUAUGAGGUUAAGAUGUCAAAAGGUGAGCCUAACAGUAACAACAAACCAGCAAAGUCAGGUAGUGGCUCAUUUGGAAAAUAUGGGAUCCAUUCAAGCAAUGGUGUUUACGAGCUCCUUGAAUGUCUUGUUUGUACAAAUCUCAUGUAUCCUCCAAUUCAUCAGUGCCCUAAUGGCCACACAUUGUGCUCAAGCUGCAAGCUGAGAGUGCAGAACACGUGCCCUACAUGCCGCUACGAGCUAGGCAACAUAAGAUGCUUAGCUCUCGAGAAAGUGGCAGAGUCGUUAGAAGUUCCAUGCCGGUACCAAAGCUUAGGGUGUCAUGACAUAUUCCCAUACUACAGCAAGCUCAAGCACGAGCAGCAUUGCAGGUUUAGAUCCUACAACUGCCCUUACGCCGGCUCUGAGUGUUCAGUGACUGGUGACAUCCCAACGCUUGUGAACCAUCUCAAAGAUGAUCAUAAAGUCGACAUGCAUGAUGGUUGCACUUUCAACCACCGUUAUGUCAAGUCGAACCCUCACGAGGUCGAGAAUGCUACAUGGAUGCUUACGGUGUUCAACUGUUUUGGAAGACAGUUCUGUUUGCAUUUUGAGGCGUUUCAGCUGGGGAUGGCACCGGUGUACAUGGCGUUUCUAAGGUUUAUGGGAGACGAGAACGAGGCUAAGAAGUUUAGUUACAGCUUGGAAGUUGGAGCUCAUAGCCGGAAGCUGACGUGGCAAGGGAUUCCGAGAAGUAUCAGAGAUAGUCACCGGAAAGUGAGAGAUAGUCAGGAUGGACUCAUCAUCCCUAGGAACUUGGCUUUGUACUUCUCAGGGAGUGAUAAAGAAGAGCUUAAGUUGAGAGUUACAGGACGGAUUUGGAAAGAAGAAUAG